AUGUCCACCAACACGGCCGACCACGACGACCUCCAGGCCGAGCAGACCGAGGGCUUCAAGGUUGGCGAGAAGAAGACGAUUGACGAGUACCAGAAACUAGACCAGGAAGAUGAAUCGCUCCAGAAGUGGAAGGCCUCGCUCGGUCUCGGCCAAGGCAAGGACAUCUCCGACCCCAACGACCCCCGCAAGUGCAUCAUCCUCUCCCUCGGCCUGGAAGUCGAAGGCCGCGACGACAUCAUCAUCGACCUGCGGUCACCGGGUGCUCUGGAGGCGCUCAACGACAAGCCCUUUACCAUCAAGGAAGGCGCUACAUUCCGCAUGAAGGCCCAGUUCAAGGUCCAACACGAGAUUCUAGCGGGCCUGAAGUACCUGCAAAAGGUCACACGCAUGGGAGUCAGCGACAAGCUCCAGGAGAUGAUGGGCUCCUACGGCCCCAACACCGAGGAGAAGCCAUUCUACGAGAAGAAGUUCGAACCCGAGACGGCCCCCUCCGGUAUGCUCGCACGUGGCCACUACACCGCCAUCUCCAAGUUUGUCGACGAUGACAACCACGUCCACCUGCAGUUCAAGUGGUCGUUUGAUAUCAAGAAGGACUGGAAAUGA